AUGUGGAGGCUGAAGCUUUCAGAAGGGGAAGAAGAGGACCCGUUGCUGAAAUCGUACAACAACCAUGUCGGACGGCAGUUUUGGGAAUUCGAUCUAGAUAACCUCGCCGGAGACGACGAUGACCGGGCUCGGGUCGAGGAGGCUCGACGCCGGUUUGCUCAGAACCGCCGACGGUUUGGAGUCAAACAGAGCUCCGACCUUCUCAUGCGACUUCAGUUUGCGAGGGAGAUCAGCGGGAGUAAUAAUGGCGAUGAAGGUGAUGAAGGUGGAGGAGUAAUGGCGAAAUUGAAGAGUUCAGAUGAGGAAGGAGGAGGAGGAGAAGAGAUAUUGGAUGAAGGAAGAGUGAGGAGCGUGGUGAGGAAGGGGCUACAGUUCCACUCAACUCUGCAGCACGAGACGGGCUUCUGGCCUGGAGAUUAUGGCGGCCCGCUCUUUCUGCUUCCCGGUUUGGUAAUUAGCUUGUACGUUACGGGCGGGUUGAAUGCAAUUUUAACUCACCAGCAUCGAGUGGAGUUGCGUCGGUAUUUGUACAACCACCAGAACGAGGAUGGAGGGUGGGGAUUGCAUAUAGAAGGGAGCAGCAUUAUGUUCUGCACCGCGCUAUCGUACGUGGCGCUCAGAUUGAUGGGCGAGGAGAUGGACGGUGGAGAUGGAGCGAUGGAGAAGGCGAGAUCGUGGAUCGUCGAUCACGGUGGCGCCAUCUACAUCCCGUCUUGGGGCAAGCUCUGGCUUUCGGUUCUUGGGGUUUACGAGUGGAGUGGGGUGAAUCCAUUGCCCCCCGAACUUUGGUUGUUUCCUUACUCUCUCCCCAUGCAUCCCGGAAGGAUGUGGUGUCAUUCUCGAAUGGUGUACCUACCAAUGUCGUACUUGUAUGGUAAAAGAUUCGUGGGAAAGACAACCCCUUUGGUGCUCAGUCUCCGACAAGAAUUGUACGUGCUUCCGUAUCCCAGCAUUCAUUGGGGCCUCACCAGAAACCUCUGUGCUAAGGAGGAUCUGUACUAUCCACACCCAUUCCUGCAAGACUUGUUGUGGGCUGGCCUUGACAAGGUUUGGGAGCCUCUAAUGUCGACAUGGCCGAUCUCCAAGCUCAGGGAAUCUGCCCUACAAACUUGCAUGCAACACAUCCAUUACGAGGAUAAAAACACCAACUAUGUUUGUCUUGGUUCUGUCAACAAGGUCUUGAACAUGUUGUGUUGUUGGGUGGAGGAUCCGAAUUCAGAAGCAUUCAAGAGCCAUCUGCCCAGAAUCAAAGAUUACCUCUGGGUAGCUGAAGAUGGCAUGAAAAUGCAGGGCUACAACGGUUCUCAACUGUGGGAUGUCUCGUUUGCGAUCCAAUCGAUUCUCUCAACGAAUCUCCGGGAAGAGGAAUUCUGUGCUUCAAUGCUCAAGAAGGCACACAACUUCAUAAAAAACACACAGAUUAGAGAGGAUCCUUCAGGCGAUCUAAAGCAAUGGUAUCGUCAUGGUCGAAAAGGUGGAUGGCCUUUCUCCACUCCAGAUAAUGGAUCUCAGACACCUAAUUUUAAUCAUAAUUUUUUACUGCAGGCUGCUAUGAUUCUGUCUCAGAUGCCAGCAGAAGUUGUAGGAGAUCGUCUUCCAGUAAACCAAUUGUUCGAUUCUGUUAAUUGCAUUCUAUCUUUCCAGAAUGAAAAUGGAGGGUUUGCUUCAUACGAGCUUACAAGAUCUUACCAAUGGUUAGAGGCCCUCAACCCUUCCGAGAUGUUUGGAGAUAUCAUGAUAGAUUAUCAGUACGUGGAAUGCACUUCGUCGGCAAUUCAAGGACUGAAAGCGUUCACAACAGCUCAUCCAGGACACAGAGAGAAAGAGAUUCGAGCGUGUAUUGUUAAAGCCCUUCACUUCAUUCAAACCAUACAACUCCCCGACGGCUCCUGGUAUGGGUCUUGGGGAGUUUGCUUCACAUAUGGGACAUGGUUUGGGAUAACAGGGCUUGUGGCUGGAGGGUUGACCUACCAGAGUUGCCCCUCCAUCAAGAAAGCCUGCGAUUUCUUGCUAUCCAAGCAACUCCCUUCUGGAGGCUGGGGAGAGAGCUACCUUUCUUCUCAAACUAAGGUUUACACAAACUUGGAAGGUGGGAGGUCACAUUUAGUGAACACUUCGUGGGCCAUGUUGGGCCUCAUUGAAGCUGGACAGGCCGAACGGGAUCCCAGCCCACUACAUCGAGCUGCGAAGUUCCUGGUUCAUUCAGCAAUGGAGAAUGGAGACUUCCCACAGCAGGAAAUCAUAGGAGUAUUUAACAAGAAUGUCAUGAUCAGUUAUUCGACAUAUCGAAACAUAUUUCCGAUCUGGGCGCUCGGAGAGUAUCACAAUCGGGUAUCGUUGCCUCUGCAGAAGCAUUGAAACUCCAACCAUGUUUAUAUAUGAUCUACGUAUAACGUAUAUGUAUUAUAUAAAUUUAUGUGCCCAUUAUUAUGGAAACUUUUGGAGGGGACAUUUAUGGCAUAAAUUUUUCUGUUUUGAUAAAAUUUAAUUUGUUCGGAAUGAAUCGAGUC